AUGAACUUAGCCCUCCAGGACCCCUUCACAGUGGCCAAAGAGUUCCCAGAUACGCUCGUCCACACGCUUCAGUACGGACAUUCCGUGUACAUCCAGUUUAAUCGCAAGGGAGACUACCUAGCGUCCGGACUUUCGAACGGAGCCAUUGUCAUCUACGAUCUCAGCACAAACACGAUUGUGUGUGUUUUAAGCCGAGAAGGACAUGUGCGUCCGAUCACCUCCAUCUCCUGGUCCCAUUGCGGCCGCUAUCUUCUAUCGUCGUCGCAAGAUUGGGCAUGUAUAUUGUGGGACUUGCAGUAUGCCAAUACCGACACCAACGACGGCAGCAACAAGGCCAUAGUGCGGCGCGUGCAGUUUGAUGGACCCAUCUGGCAGGCAUGUAUCCAUCCGAAGAAACCCCGUGUAUUCACUGCGUCGCUUUUCGAGAAUGAUCCAGUGUAUGUAAAUAUGGAGAACGAAACUGAAAUACGCACACUUGCAACUGAGCCGGUUGAAAAGAGGACUUCUGACGAUGAGAAUGAAAAUGACGCAGAUGCAGACGCAGAGCCUGUCAAGAAAACCAACUACAAACACAUGACUCUUGUCACGCAGUUCACGACCUCCGGCGACUACAUUUUCUCGGGCACCAGUCGAGGCUGGCUCAACAUCAUCGACGCGAAUACGUUGCAGACAGUGCACCUGGUGCGUGUAACGUCUGCCAACAUGAAGACGUUAGUGUUCUCUCCAGAUGGGCGCAAGUUGGCUGUCAACUCCUCUGACAGAAUCAUCCGCCAAAUUAACCUUCCCGACAUGGUCGAAGAGCAGAACCCUGACUUGUGGGAAUUCGAGGUCGAGCACCGGUACCAGGAUGUGGUCAACAGAUUACAAUGGAACACCGUAGCGUUCAGUCACAACUCGGAAUUCUUGGUUGCAUCGACCUUCGGCCAGAGCUCACAGGACCUCUACUUAUGGGAAACUUCCAUGGGCACGCUUAUUAAAAUUCUAGAAGGAAGCCAUGAGGAGCUCAUCGACGUGAAAUGGAACUACAACAAGUGCAUGAUCGGCUCUACAGGACUCGACUCGGGCUCCAUCUACCUCUGGCUGGUCCAAUUCCCUCUGAAAUGGAGUGCUUUGGCGCCGGAUUUCGUCGAAAUUGAGGAAAACGAAGAGUACGAGGAGAAGGAAGACGAGUUUGACAUCAUUGACGAAACAGACUUGAUGAAGCGCCGCUUGGAGGAAGAAGAUACACAAGUGGACAUUGCCACGAUGGACGCUACUGAUGUUCGAGGCUUCGAUACGCAAAUCCGUUCGUUCGUAAUUCCCGUAAAUUACGAACUGGCAGUGGUUUAA